ACUCUUUCAUGGUGACCUUUCUAAAUUUACUUGCUAUCACAAAGAACAUCAAAGCCAAAAAGACCAAAUCUGGACAAACUUGCAUAUAACUACUCUAGAUUAUGCAGACAUUCUAGAUACAACUCCUACAGACUCAGAUCACUACAUCUCUCUAUUAGAAGUUACUUUAUCAGCUACUCCAAUAUCACUUUACAAACAACCUAA